CCCUUCUCGCGUAACCACAACGAAAAGACUGUUAGCCAGGACCAGGACCCCGGUGUUUGGGCCCUCCAGGGACACCCUGAGGUCACCGAUGCCGCCAGAGCUUCCCUACAGCUCCGGUAUCAACUUAUACACUACUUAUACACACUUUUCUACCGGUCCUACGUCUACGGCGAUACUGUGGUCCGACCACUGCAUCAUGAAUGGCCACUGGAUAAUAAUACCCUGGGCAUCGACACCCAGUUCCUAUGGGGUGGCAAUAUAUUGAUAUCGCCUUUCCUUUUCCAGAACCAAAAGGAGGUGAAGGCAUACCUACCCCCGAGUGUGCGCUGGUAUGAAGUGAAACCCCAAUUGAAAAUAGCGCCACAAACAGGUCAGGUGACUAUCCCUGACUCCCACCCCAAUGGCCCGCCGCCCAUACACAUCAGGGACCACAACAUCAUACCGAUGGUCACCGACAGUCAACUGGUAUCCACGUCCCAGGACUCCAUCAAUAUCAUCGACUUAGUAGCCCUUCCCUGUCAUCAUCAG